AUGUGGCGAAACGCCAUCACCACCAUCACGACGUGCUUCCUGCUCGGCACAACCUUCACCCACUGGAUUGCAGACCACAACGUUCUCUGGCGUUCUCCUUUGACUCCCGCAGCCCUCGAACAGUCUAUCCGAUACUAUGCGCUAGUGGGGAGUGGCGCACCCGUCCUGGGAUGGGUGUACCUCGGCGUUGGCUUGGCGUCUUCCCUCGCUGCGCUCACCAAGCUCGUCACAGGAUGGCGUGGGCAGAGUGGGGAGGUCCUGUUUGACGGGGCUAGUUUGCUUCUCAUCACUUCCGUAGCGUACAACCAGGCGACCGAGGUGUUCCCCACCCUUGCCGCUAUUCCGUCGCCAUUGCCCGCCAACCUGACUGAGCACGAGAUGUUCGGCCCCCUGGCCACGGCAGUCCGCGACCUUGCCAACGACAACAUCAUCACGGCCGUCAUGCUCACUGGCGUCAUGUUCUUACAGGCGGGUCGCUACGCUGCUAGCCGAAGUGGGGAAAAUGACGGGCCCGAGAUGAUGCCCGACACGGCCCCCUCAUCUGCAACCUCAUCGUUGGUCCCAUCGCCAGCCAUGACGCCCAAACCGCUCAACGAGCGACAUGCAACGCCGUUCCGCGAGUUGACCGAGGCCGAGGCGAUGGAAUUGGCCUUGCUAGAGAACAACAGCAAGCGCACGCCCAGGCGUUCCACCCGGCGCAAAUAG